AUUCAAACGGAGCAAAACUCUGCAAACCAGAAGAAGUGUUCUGAAAUCCCCGCGGAAUAUCUGGAACGUCUUGCGAUCGAUAAACCGCGAUUCCAUCGACAGAUUUAUGGACGUGAGAUCAUAAGGGGCGCAUGAUCGUGAUCUUCCGCACGUGUUCCCCGCAGUAACCGGCCCGACGAUGAAUAAGCUGAAAACGUUGUUACCGGCCAGCCAGCCGACCGGCGAGGCGAACCAGGUGAACAACAACGAAGCUAAAUCGCUGGAGCCGCUCGUGGGCUUCAAACUCACGCUGAAACAUUCCGGUUCGGCCGCGUCGUCGGAUUACGCGAACGGCAACGACGACAAUUCAAACGGCCGGACAGCAGCGCCCUCUUCGUCGGCGGCCGUUCCGGAGCUUCAAGUGCGGCUUUUAGGUGCACGCCAUCUCCCGAGCAGCUUUGGCCUGAAGAGUGUUGAGGGAUACCUGGUGAAGGUGAAGCUUUUUCCCGGCAACAUGAGGUUCGAUUCCUCGAUCCAAACAAACUCGUGGCCAUCGUUUAACGAAACGUUUUCCUUCCCGCUCGUCACCAGCCACAAGUCUUCGUUCCGGGUGAAGAAAACCGACCGGCACAAGGACACCCAUUCGAUGCAGUCGCUUCCGGAGAAGAUUUUGAACGGGAACUUUGUCGUCUUCACCGUCUUCGCGCUGCUGGAGCUACCGCCAGGGUACACGUCGUCGUUGAAAAGCAAAACGAUGACCUUCAUCCGGCAAGGUAGUCAGCGGUUGAAGGAUAAACCGGUGAUCGGGAAGCUGGUCAAGGAUAUCGACCCGCCGAACGAGAAGAACGGAAACGCCGACCAGAAACCGAGCCCGAAGAAGCUGUCGACGAGCGAAAGCCAGCGCAAUCUCGGCUCGGCGACGUACUUUCUCGAUCCGAAGUGCUUCACCGGGGACACCAGUGGCCAAACCCGGGGCAAGCUGAAGUUUAGCACCGAAGAGCUGUGGCUACCGAUCAAAGACAUGACCGUGACGCACCCGCCCGCCGAAUCGCGAAUCACCAUCACCAACAGCCCCCGGGGACAGGUCGAAGUAACACUGCAGCUGUCGGAUUACACGGAGGUGCACAUCGACCCGAAAGCUUCCGGUGAAGACUGCAGUUUCAACGCGGAUGGCCCAUACUCGUCGCCACCGCUCUCGCCCCUGGCGCUGUCCUCCCGAGCGUCGUACGAUGGUCCGCAGGUUGCGCCAUUCGAAUGUCGGCGUGCCUACUCCAGCGGAUCACCGGUGCCGACGUCGAACUCGAACAAGAAUCGCUUCAGCUUCGACGUGCGCAAGAUUAUGCGCAGCGUGAAGAACAAGGAGAAGAACCACAAGGGCCUGUGCCUGAAGAUUACCACCGCCAAGGUACGGUGCGGAAUUCGGGUAAAGGAGGAGCUCGAGUCGGUCGCGGAGAAGGUGUACCUCAAGACGACGGUGCUGGAGCACCAGAUCCUGUCGGCCACCUGGAAGUCGGAACCGUUCCGGCCGGCCCUGUCGAGUCGCUGGAACCCGGAAGACUGCACCGUCGUGGUGCCGCUGGUGGGCGAACCGUCCCUCGAUCAUCUGUCCAUCAGGAUUGGGCUGGCCACGAAAAGCAAGGUGGGCAAGAAGACGCGCCUGGGCACCGUUUUCCUCGGGCCGAUGGCGUCCCAGACCAACCCGGCGGCCGACGACCAGUGGCGCAAGAUGGUGCUCUACAAAGGAUCACCGAUUUCCGUUUGGUACAGUUUCGAGGAGGAAGCGCGAGAGUAAUGCAGGCUCCCGCCGUAGCCCGUGGCCAUAAAACAUUCGUAACGUGUGUAAUAGUUGUGAGAUUUGUAAAAAGGACCAGAAAUAAAUAUUUAUUGUA